UGUCGUGGAGUUAGAUGCGCUAGGGAAACGAUGUGAGAAGUUUUUAGUUUAUCUGGGAUCUUGAAGUGAGAACAGUUUGGAAAUUAAGCUUAGCAAAAAUGGUUGUUGAUAUUACUGGAUUGAAGGUCGCUAUUUCCGGGGGAUUUGGAGGAAUUGGGCAGGCUAUAUGUAAGGAGCUAUUGGAGCAAGGUGUUCCGUGUUUGGCCAUUUUGGAUUUGAAAGAGGACAAGGACACUUUGGAAGUCUGGAAGAAGUCAUACCCGACACAAAAAAUAUUUUUCGAAUAUAUCGAUGUUGCCAAAAGGUCGGUUGUUGAAGAAUCUAUUGGAAAAGCAAAGGACGAAAUGGGAGGAUUGGAUGCAUUCGUGAAUUGCAGUGGUAUACUUCAAGAAAGUGUUCCUGAGCUAUGCAUUCAAGUCAAUUUGCUUGGAACAAUCUACACCUCCCUCACAGCAGUAAAUUUAAUGGGCAAGCAUAAGGGUGGCAAUGGAGGAAUUGUUGUUAACGUAGCUUCAGUUUUAGGUCUAAAACCUUGUCAUCCUUUCGCGGUGUACUCAGCCUCCAAACAUGGUUGCAUUGGUUUCACUAGGUCUCUUUCGCAUGAAUUUCAUUACAACGAAACAGGAAUAGCCUUUAUGGCAGUUUGCCCAGGACUUACAAAGACAAAACUUAUUGAAUACCCAGAAAAUUCAGGAACUUUCGAUUAUGUUAAGGAGGAAGUGGCUAAGGUUGCGAAUGUGGCAGGGCAAGAAGCAGAUAUUUGUGGGAAAAAUAUUGUGAAAGCCAUGCAGACGGGGAAAAAUGGAUCAAUUUCGAUUUGUGUUUGUGGAGAUUUGAGAGAAGCUGCUAUGCCAGAUGAUGUUGAAGGUUGAAUUAACAAAAGUUAAUAUUCGCCAAAUGAUAUGAAUAAAUAAGUUAUUCUUAAUUAUAGGCCUAGUGUGUA